AUGAUCUUACGUUGUCAGCUGGAAGUCGCUAUUCACCUGAUCCGGCUAAGAUACAUAGAAAACCUGGGUCCGGGCACAUUUAGAUUGUUUGUACGUGUCUAUAACAAGUCUUUUGGCAAGACCAGGGUAGCCAUACCUUAUACAAUCAAACACACCCAUGUCGAUCCUAAAGAUGACGAUAGCCGUAUAAAGGCAGCACAGAUAAGUGAUGAUGGAGGAGGAUACUUAAGUAAGGCAUUUGAUUCGUCCAAAGGAGAAGGAGAAGUAGACAUCAAUGAAAUAGCGGUCUUUAGACUGGACAUUCCAGCAUUUCCAUCAUAUAUGAAUGAUGUAUCUUUAUUUGUGGAUUAUGAACUCUUACGCCUCGAUGGUAAAAAGGUAAUGAAUAAAAGGUUCCGGUUGUUCAGAAAGCAAAAAAUAGAAUAUGGCCAAAUUAGUGUAAACUCCAAGGUUAUACGUAUAGGAAAUAUUAUGAAAGGUGUAAGUGAUUAUGUUCCGUGUACAUUCGAAACCGGAAAUAUGCAUACUAUAGUUCAUUCCAAUGUACAUUGCUACGCGUUAGAUUUUUGUUUCAAAGCCUUGGAUCCCAACUUUGUAGAUUUUCAGGAUGGAACAAAAUAUGAAUUUUGGAAUAAAAAAUUGGGAAGAAAGGUAAAAAAAUCUGUAAGACCUAUAUACAAGUGGUUUAACUCAAGUUACGAUGAUAAAUUUUAUGCUGAUAAGGGAUCUGGUACAGAAACAAGCAACAGCAGAAAAAAGUGUAGUGUAAAUAAAAAUGUUAUUUCUUCCAAUGCACCCGAUAAUGAUAGGAUAUUUAGCACCAGCAUUAAUGAAUUUAUUAAUAAAAUCGCGGAAAUGAUAAUUGAAAAUGACGAACAAGAAAACCUAAUCAUCAAUCUACCUGACAACCAAACUUUGCAAAACGAAUCACUCCCUGAUAUGAAUAAGGAAUACGGUUCAUUCGAUGGCAAUAUUAAAACCAUCUAUAAAUCGCACAAGAAAAUGUGUGAAAGUAGCUUUGUUUUGCAAGGCUCAGUUGUUAGGUUGGUUUAUUUUUUGUAUAGUAAAAUCCUCGUAAUGAACUUUUAUUAUAUCGGAAGAAUGGUAAGAUUCCUAAAAAGUGAGAUUAAGAAGAACGAAAACGCAAAUAUAGAAAACUAUCCUUCUGGUUCCAAAAGUGCAGAUGAUUCCUUCGGUCAUAUUCGCGAUCAUAUUAAAGAGCCAUCCGGUAAAAAUGGAAAUAAUACGCAACUAUAUGAACUUGAAACUAAGUUGCGUUUAUUGGAAGAUCAUAAGGUGCUAGAAAUAACAAAUGCAAUAAACGCUUAUGAAAUCCUUGAGGAAAAAGAUGUCACGUUCGAUGUUUCGUUGGAAAAUGAAGAAUUAACACGUUUCAUAGGAAAACGUCUUGAACACAUUACUAAAUCAUUGGGUAUUACAAAGAUUAAUAACAGUGAUAUUCGUGUCAAAAUAAAUGAUAAAAUUAGUGUUAAAAUUCCGGAUAUAACUAUUGGAAAUCCUAUAUAUGAUGGAUCAAUAAGUAAAUUGUGUGAAUCCAUUGGAAAGGUAUAUUUGCAUCUCUCAACAUAG